AUGGCCACGAUCACGACGCCCAUUCGUGCUGGGGUGGCUACACCUGUACGCACAGAGCGUACAAGUAUGCCACCACCAGCGUCGACACAGAGCCCACGUCGCUCUGCGGCGGUAGCCACGGUGUCGGCGUCACCAUCCAAGGCUACUUCUUCCACGCCAGCCAAGCCCAUGUCGAUUCCUACAGCCCGGCGGCGCAUCCUAUGGAACGCAGUUGGGUUGUUUUCGUUAUGGGGACUAGCUUUGGUAUGGCCUAGCAGUGUGGAUUGGUAUUAUGAUGCACUUGACGUUCUAAUGCGUAUAGACAGUGUGCCUAUCGGCACGGACGAUAUGAUUGAUGCGCUCCUGCUCUGGCUGCGGUAUGCACUCACCAUUGUGUUCACGUUCAACGUGGUAGAAGCAUGGAUAGCUUUCUACCUGCCUGCCAGCGUCUCAUCGACAGCAAUGGCCUCGCCGGUACCACCUGCGACGCCCGUCUCGGUGGGCGAGGCCUUGGCACGAAGCGUCUCGCAAUCCCAUGCGACAUCAUCCAUGUCGCUUUCUUCGACUCAUACACCUACACAGCCAGGCACGCGAACGCCAUCGUACCGUGGUAGCCCUGUAUCGCCUGUCCCAGGUGCCAGCGCCCACCACCGUAGUGUCUCGCCUUCGUUCCGUGCGAGUCCUUCGGCGACUGCUACGUCGUCCCCUUUCCGCGCAUCGAUCGGUAUGGGCCGCCCAUCCAGUAUGCCCUUCCAAGCGCGCUCUGUCACGCCAUCAGCUUCUCACCGCACACCCUCGACGCACAACAGUCCUUUUACGCCCAGACAGGGAAGCCGGUCUACCCUGUCGCCCUCGCCUGCGUCGCAGCGGGCAUGGUCACCAGCUAGUAUGCGCUCAUCUGAUCUAGCCGAUGCCAUGGAAGUCGAACGUGCCUUGCUGGAGUUGGGACAUGGUCUAUAG